UUACUUCUUUCUGCCCGUGGACGCCGCCGAGUAAGCAUCGUUGACGUCUCCCCCCGUCCACUGCCGUCAUGUCUAAGUCAGAGUCACCCAAAGAGCCCGAACAGCUGCGGAAGCUCUUCAUCGGAGGUUUGAGCUUUGAAACAACCGAUGAGAGUCUGAGGAGCCAUUUUGAGCAGUGGGGAACGCUCACAGAUUGUGUGGUAAUGAGGGAUCCAAACACCAAACGCUCCAGAGGCUUCGGGUUUGUCACAUAUGCCACUGUGGAGGAGGUGGAUGCAGCCAUGAAUGCAAGGCCACACAAGGUGGAUGGAAGAGUGGUGGAACCAAAGAGGGCCGUCUCAAGAGAGGAUUCUCAAAGACCUGGUGCCCACUUAACUGUGAAGAAGAUUUUUGUUGGUGGCAUUAAAGAAGACACUGAGGAACAUCAUCUAAGAGAUUAUUUUGAACAGUAUGGGAAAAUUGAAGUGAUUGAAAUCAUGACUGAUCGAGGCAGUGGCAAAAAGAGAGGCUUUGCUUUUGUAACCUUUGAUGACCAUGACUCUGUAGACAAGAUUGUCAUUCAGAAAUACCACACUGCGAAUGGCCACAACUGUGAAGUAAGGAAAGCCCUAUCUCAGCAAGAGAUGGCUGGUGCUUCAUCCAGCCAAAGAGGUCGAAGUGGUUCUGGAAACUUUGGUGGUGGUCACGGAGGUGGUUUUGGUGGGAGUGACAGCUUUGGUCGUGGAGGAGACUUCAGUGGUCGAGGUGGCUUUGGUGGCAGCCACGGUGGUGGUGGCUAUGGUGGCAGUGGGGACGGCUAUAAUGGAUUUGGUAACGAUGGAAGCAAUUUUGGAAGUGGUGGAAGCUACACUUGAAGUGGUGGCAGUUACAACAAUCAAUCUUCAAAUUUUGGACCCAUGAAAGGAGGAAACUUUGGAGGCAGAAGUUCUGGCCCCUAUGGUGGUGGAGGCCAAUACUUUGCCAAACCCCGAAACCAAGGUGGCUAUGGUGGUUCCAGCAGCAGCAGUAGCUAUGGCAGUGGCAGAAGGUUUUGAUUACUGCCAGGAAACAAAGCUUAGCAGGAGAGGAGAGCCAGAGAGCUGACAGGGAAGCUACAGGUUACAACAGAUUUGUGAACUCAGCCAAGCACAGUGGUGGCAGGGCCUAGCUGCUACAAAGAAGACAUGUUUUAGACAAUACUCAUGUGUAUGGGCAAAAAAACUCGAGGACUGUAUUUGUGACUAAUUGUAUAACAGGUUAUUUUAGUUUCUGUUCUGUGGAAAGUGUAAAGCAUUCCAACAAAGGGUUUUAAUGUAGAUUUUUUUUUUUUUUUUUUUUUUGCACCCAUGCUGUUGAUUGCUAAAUGUAAUAGUCUGAUCAUGACGCUGAAUAAAUGUGUCUUUUUUUUAAA